AACUUGUUCCUUUUCCCGUGGUGGCGAUCGAGGUCGCGGAGAAUAUGGCAGGAGUUCCUUAAAGUACAAAUUACCAAUGAGUUGAUAUGCGUCUAUUAGUUUGACGCGGUUAUUUGUUCGGGCCCCCCUUUUAUUGGAAGACGCCGCGUAACGCGGCCCGUGGCCGGCGGCAGACAUGGGGAAGCUCCUGUCCAAAAUUUUCGGGAACAAGGAAAUGAGGAUCCUCAUGUUGGGCCUCGACGCCGCCGGGAAGACCACCAUCCUGUACAAGUUGAAGCUGGGACAGUCGGUCACCACCAUUCCCACGGUGGGUUUCAACGUGGAGACCGUCACCUACAAGAAUGUCAAAUUCAAUGUCUGGGAUGUUGGCGGCCAGGACAAGAUUCGUCCCCUGUGGCGGCACUACUACACGGGCACGCAGGGACUAAUCUUCGUGGUGGACUGCGCCGACCGGGACCGCAUCGAUGAGGCGCGGCAGGAGCUGCACAAGAUCAUCAACGACCGCGAGAUGCGCGACGCCAUCAUCUUGGUCUUUGCCAACAAGCAGGACCUGCCCGACGCAAUGAAGCCGCACGAGAUCCAGGAGAAGCUCGGGCUGACGAGGAUCCGCGACCGGAACUGGUACGUGCAGCCGGCGUGUGCCACAACGGGCGACGGACUCUUCGAAGGUCUCACGUGGCUCACCUCAAACCACAAGUCCUGAGGCCAGCCCCUCGCGGACAGCUUGGAAAAAAAAAAAAAAAUCCCGCCGCGUUGCUGCCGCCAGCGUCGCCAUCGCCGCCACCACCGCCAUCACCACCGGUGCGGGGCCAGGCAGGGGGACGCCCGCGCGACAACCAGGCUGGCUCUGCCGGAGGGGGGCAGGCUGCCCAGGGUUCACUCUGACCCCCCUCCCGUCAUCCGCGCCGCCUGCGAUCCAGCCACGACGACGGCCUCUUCUGUUUUGCCAGUGCCGCUUUCAUUUUGAUUAUUUCUUUGCUCCUUGUUCUGCGUACUGCCACUGUAAAAUACAGUCGUCGGAAGAGCGGGCGGGGUCUCCCCUCUUUGCCGUUGGAGGGGUUCGGAGAUGCCUGCGCCGGUACUUUUUUCCCGAGAAGUUGCCUUGCCCCCUCUGUUGUUUUUUUCUCUCGUUUCUUCCUUUUAGCUGUAAUAUAUAUGUGUGCAAGUGCUGUUGAGACAGUGAUGCUGCGACGGUGGACGCUCGUGUGUAUGUAUCUAUCUCUCUCCUUCAUCGGUGGAGGAUGGGGGGUUGCCUGCUAGGGGCCACUUUGCUUUUAGAAAUGUUCGGGGCACGUGCGGGCUCUGCAGCAGACUUUCGGGGAAGGGAAGGGGAGGCAAGAAUGAUUAAAAAAAAAAAGUUUAGCACACUCUUUUUUCUCUCUCUGUUAGACGGUGUGCUUGUUUUCGAGGGAGUCUCACACACACAUAUAUGCAUUCACCGCAAUUCCUCACUCCUCGCAAAGUUGGAACACGACACGUGAGCACCGGGACACGGAAACGGGGAAACAGCGAUGGAAGAAACGCCGUAGCAAAUGGCGUUUCCGCCGCGGGAAACGACGGGACGAAGUGCUCUUAUGGCCUGGGUGGGAGGGGGCGUCAAGUUUCCGAGAACGGUGCGGGCCGGAGCUCAAGUAAGGGGUGCCGUCGUGUCCGACGCGAACCUAUCCCCCCCCCCCUCCCUUUCCCUCUCCGGACCCUCUUCUACCUCCUCUCUGGACACGGGCCUCCUCGUGCAGGCAGGGCAGGGGGUACCGGUUCCGUUUGUGCCUUUUGGGUGCGCCGUGCGACGCAGCAGAGCUCUCUCUUCGUCGUGUGCGGACUGCGAGGGAUUCCGCAGAGAAAGGGGGGGGCCGACCCCGGCGGAGGUACAGCGAGCGAGCAGACUGCUUUCUUCUUCCCUCCCCCGCAUUAGUCGCGGAGGAUGGGGGAGGUGUGGGGUGUCCCCCCUCAUCCUUGUGUCACCAAGUUCUUUUGUGUCACACCUGACCCCCACUACCAGGUUUUUUAGCAAAUGGGCUACCUUUUUUGUUUUUGUAUAUUGUUGGGUUGUACAUAUCAGUUUUCACCAGCGGGCAAAUAAAACUUUGUUCCCGAGCUUC